UGGUGUGCUUUUAUUACGUACGAAAUACGUGUUUUUACAAUUAUAUUUAUAUUGUUUUGAUAUUAUUGGACUUUUUGUUCGAGUAUGUUUUGAUAUGCAGGGUUAUUCUGUUGACCCCGAAAGUGGUGAAACGAAGAUAAGAGAAGAUUAUCCCAUUUUGAAGUCUUUCCUUGCGGGAUCAGUGUCUGGUACUUUUUCAACUAUUUUAUUUCAACCAUUGGAUCUAAUCAAAACAAGACUUCAAAGUAGAGUAGAACUUCAACUUGGUUCUCCGAACAGAGGAACAGUCAACACGAUAAUCCACAUAAUUAAAAAAGAAAAUGUGUUUGGACUUUGGAGGGGUAUGACUCCGUCCAUAACCAGAGUUAUUCCUGGCGUUGGAUUAUAUUUCUCAUCGAUACAUUGGUUAAAACACACAUUCCAUUUAAAAGAUCCACUUACACCUACAGAAGCCAUGUUAUUAGGUGUUACAGCAAGAUCUACGUCUGGAGCCUUCUUAAUUCCGAUAACAGUAGUAAAAACUCGUUUCGAAAGUGACGUUUAUAAAUAUAACAGCAUAAGAGAAGCAUUGAAAUUAAUUUACAAGCAGGAAGGAGUGCGAGGUCUUUCAAGCGGAUUAGUACCGACCUUAUUAAGAGACGCUCCCUUUAGCGGUCUUUAUCUCAUGUUUUAUACUCAAUUGAAAAAUAUUGUUGUAGAACCAGAAUUACCGCGCGCCAAAUCAUCAGUUCCGAUUCAUUUUAGCUGUGGAAUACUAGCAGGAAUAUUUGCUUCUAUCGUAACACAACCUGCCGAUGUAAUCAAAACGAAAAUGCAAUUAUAUCCGAACGAAUUUAAAGGCGUUCUUAGUGCAACGUUUAGGGUUUAUAAGAAAUAUGGAAUGUUAGGAUAUUUCAAAGGCAUCGUUCCGCGAAUGUUGAGAAGGACAUUAGUGACUGCUAUGGCUUGGACUGUAUAUGAAGAGGUUACAAAGAGUAUGGGGCUUAAAUAAAAUCUUGUCUAUUCAAUGAUACGUAAAUCGUUAAUAUGAAAUUGAUUGUGAUCGAACAAUUUACGCACGGCAAUGUGAAAGCCACUCGACUAAAUAUUUACACUCGAUGUACAGUAUUUUAAUUUGUACAAAGACGAUUUGAUUAUAGCAGAAAAUUGUAUUAUAGCAAAUAUUUCUACUAUGUAACAGUAUUUGGAUAGAGUAUCCUAUCGCUUAGUAAUUAUUAAUGUAUAUACUUAUUUAA